AUGUCCGAAGAACUAAAGGAGGAGGUUUCGCUGGAUUCUGAGGAAAAAGAGGUCAAAAUGGACGUGCCAGAGGUAAGUAUUUUUUGUAAAACUGUUUAUAAGCUGUAGAAAAUAGUAUUCUUUGUAAUAGUAUUAAGGGUUGCUGUAAUUUACAUGUUAUCAAUGCUAAUUUCAAAUUGUGCAGAUUGGUGACAUCGGCUUGCGGCUAAAACAGAUUGAAGAAGAAGCCCAGAAGAUCAGGGAUUUACAGAACAGCACAGAACGCUUUGAUCCUGCAGCUACGGCGGGAAGCAACCCACAGCUGAAUUUGUCGUUGGAAGAGAAACAGGCAAAGGAUAUUAGAUCUGUGUUUGUUGGAAAUGUAAGUUAUCAGCAUGUUGUUUAUGUUUUUCGAGUUUAGGUUGAUUACAGCGCAACACCAGAGAAUCUAGAAGAACACUUCAGAGGAUGUGGCCCAAUUGAGCGUGUCACUAUCUUGGCAGACAAAUUCAGUGGAAAUCCAAAAGGGUAAGAUAUUGUUUUAGGUGUCUAAUGUAUGUUUUCGCGGUUUUCGGUGAAUGUGGCAAUGUUUUUUAUUUUUAAUAGGUGAAGUGGGAAGUAAGAUGACUUUUUAAUUUUUUUGCAUCUUUGCUUAUUAUUAUAAUAGAGCUUUACAUUACGUUUUGUUGUUUUAAAGCUAUUAGAGAAAGUGAUUAGCCUGUUUGACCUAAAAUUUGAUGCUUUAAGCGUGUUUUUGAGCUUUCACAAACAAUAUCAGCACGGGUAGCAUAAUAUAACGAUAUAAUAAUAAUAUUUAUUCAAUUCCAGCUUUGCCUACAUCGAAUUCACAGAAGUUGAUGGCAAACAGAACGCCCUCGCCUUGAACGAAAGUCUCUUCCUGGGCAGACAAAUCAAGGUUACCGAGAAGCGGACCAACAAACCCGGCAUCAGUACUACCAACAGACCACCACGAGGUCGCGGACGGGUGCGCACGGUGGUUAGGUACGUGUAUCCCGGCUUUCGAGGCGGCCGAGGGCGCGGAGCACCACGGUAGGUAUAUUACACAAGAUCACUGGAACUGUUUGCACUUGUUUCUAGCACAUUGUCUAUUGGAUUGUGGUUGCGAUAAGGUCGUUAUUGACUCAUGAGGUUUGCAAGUGCAAGGUUUUGUUUUUUGGGGGUUAAACUGGUUUUUUUGUCUUUUAGGUAUUAAUAAGAGGUUUAAAGUAUUCGUUUUGUUAAUUACACCUAUUAUGGCAUUAUUUUUUGUUUUUGAUUAAAUUUUGAAUUACACACUGCUUAAAGCCUUUACUAACACUUGCAAGCCUGUCAUGAGAUGAGCAAAGUUGACCAGCUUUUUGCAAAAUCCACCCAUUCCUCAUCUAGUGUAAUAUCCGUUAUCUGUGUGCCGUGCAGGUCUGUCUCCACAGGUUUACAUUACAAUAUUAAUUUGACAUUUUCAGACGAGGACGCGGCUUCCAGCCUUACUAA